GGGACGGUUGUUUGGGGGACAUGACUUACUGACUGGUUGUUGUAUGGUUAUCUAAACAUCUCUAAAGUGACUCUCCUUUAUCCAACAUGUUGGCCUGGAAACGUCUCUGUAGCGGCACUAUAUUCAGCGGCUUUCGGAGCAGCCCGGUAGCCGCUGUCUGUCAGCUGCAGAGAGGAUUUUCCUCACAAACUGAUGGCGAGGAGCGAAUCGCUGGGAUACUGAAGCAGAAGUUCCCUCUGGCCUCCAAGCUCAAAGUAGUGGACAUAUCAGGUGGCUGUGGGGCCAUGUAUGAGAUCCAUAUAGAAUCCAACGAGUUUAAAGGAAAAAGGACCGUUCAGCAACACCAGUUAGUCAACCAAGCCCUGAAGGAGGAGAUCCAAGGCAUGCAUGGCCUGCGAAUAUUUACUAAUAUCCCAAAAUAAUGAGGAAGAAAGACAUUACCUUUCUCUCCUGGUUCUCAACCUUUUUCUGCUUUGUCACCUGAUAAGACUGUGCAGACUCAUCAUGCACAUAGUAUUAUUCACAAACCAUAUUAAAACAAACAAAGCGUCAUCGGCAGAUAUGUAGUUCCAUGUUGGUAAAGUGAAAAUCUGAAAGACCUGCACAGAAAGAUGUACUAAGUUUUUUUUUUUUUAAAAGAAUGUCUUUUACUUGAGAUUUAAAACCAGUUACAGCUGUAAUACGCACAACAUGACUUGGAAAAUGUUAGAUGAUGAUCAAGUCGGUAUUCUCCCCUGUUGGGGUUCUCUCAGGAUUGUCAGUGAUGCUAGUGGUGGUCAUCACAAGCACCUGAAAUGGUCUAGAAACCCUUGCUUUAAGCUAGUUUUCCUGCAAUGUGAUCACAAUGUAUGUACAGUUCCAUUAAAGCUGAUUUAUUU